AUGACCGCAGCAGCAGCAGCUGAGCUCGAGCUGGUGCCGCUGCUCAGGGAGCCCGGCAUGGAGAGCGCUUCGAGCUCAGGGACCCAGGAGGGGUACGCAGAGGUGGACCCCGGCAUCCUCGGCACCUUUGGCAUCACAGACAACCAGGCACAGGCUGGUGCGCUGCUGGACGUGCUUGCUGAUGUGCUCCGCUGCCGGCAAUGGCUGGUCAACGCGAUCGUGACGCCGGAGAACGAGAUCCUGAGCAGCGCGGGGCUGGACGCAGUGGUGGGCGGAGUACAGUUGGCGGUGAUCCCUCUGCACUACACCUCAGCGCACGGCAACAAGCGGCUGAUGGAGGACGCAGAGGGCAACCCCAGCAAAUUGAUGCGCCUCACAAUCGCGGCGGUGCCGGACCGCUCGCCCAAGUUCUGGCUGCACUUUGUCCUGGUGGUGCUGUACAAUGUGUACGCCAUGUGCAUCCUGUUCUGGCACUUCAGGCGCUACGUCAUCAUCCGCCACAGCUACCUCACGCGAGGUGACGACCCGAACUUCUGGCUGACCCUGACGCACCAGGCGGACGCCAAGAGCAUCAGCAAGAAGGUCAAGAGGAUGCUGCUCGACUUGAACCUGGCAUCAGAGGGGGGCGGCGAGGGCGGCCGCGGCGCAAGCGGCGGCGGCGGCGCCGGCGAGGACGGCGGCGCGCUGCUGAGCGCGUUUGCGCGCGAAAACAACGGCCGCUCCGCGUCGGUCAUGAGCAGCCUGCGGGGCAUCGGCGCGGGCAUCUCCAAGUUCUUCUCAGCGGCCUCUGUCAUGGGCUCGCGCGCCCCGAGCCUGACCCCGCCGCCCUCGGAGCUGAACUCCCUCGCGACCAACAGCCUCAUCGUCACGGGCGGCAGCCCGGGGCAGGGGCCGCUGUCAGGCACGCCCUGGAGCGCCUCUGCGUCAGGCGUGGGUGCAGGGGCGCACGGCAGCGCGCAGUACGCGGCGGGCAGCAGCGGGGGCGGCAGCAGCGCGGCGGCGUCGGUGCCGCCGAGCCCGGCGGGCGGCGCGGCUGGCGCAGGCGGCGGGCUGGGUGCGGCGAGCGUGCUGGGGGCGACCCCGGCGACGCUCGCCACCCGCAUGCGGCUGAUGCGCAGCCCGCUGCCGGCGCAGCCGCAGGGGCCGGCCGUGGCGCCGCCGCCGCCGCAGGAGAUGAGCGCAGGUGGCGCGUCGGCCGUAAAUACCCUCGGGGACGCUGCGGCUGCUGCGGCCAUGCCCCAGCCGCCCCAGGCUGCUGCAGCUGCCGCGGCGGCGGCAGCUGCAGCGCACCACCACUACCGGGUUGCGCACAUGCGCACGAUCACAGAGGAGAACCUGGAUGCUAUAUUGCGCCCCGGCAGCUCAGGAGGCAUCGACCUGCUGCUGUCAACGCCCCCGCCGGUUACGCCGCGGACGGCAAGCCGCAUGGCCGAAGGCAACGCCGCAGCGGCCGCCGUGGUCGCCGACGCCGUCCGCGCGCCUGACGGCCCGCUCGCCAGCCGCGCCACGCCGCCGCCGGCGGGCGCUUGGCCUGGCGCGCCCUCGCCGGUUUCGCUGGGCCCCGGCCCCGUCGGCGGUGCCCAGGUCGGGGCGGGCGACGUGCCCGCGGCGCGCCACGUUGCGGGGCCGCUGGCUGUCGCACCCGACGACGUGCGGCUCGUCAUGGCGGGCAUGCGCACGCCGCGGGGCGCCAGCAGCGACGGGAGCGGCUCGAGCGGCGUGGACGCGUCGAUCGUGGACGUGUGGGCAGUGCAGGGCGAGCCGGCAGGCGCCGAGGCGGGCGGCGAGGCGCGCCGCGUGGCGUACCACUGGUGGAAGGCGCUGCCGGAGGGCUCCCUCCAGAAGGCGGGCAGCUUGUCUGAGUCGGACCUGGACGGCUACGACGGCUGGCGGGAGCAGCCGCUCCUGGCCAAGCCGAGCGUGCGGUUCCGCAAGACCAUCAACGCGGACAACCCGGCGUACAAGCCCUAUGGCGCUAAUGCGGACCCGAGUGAGCGCGCCAAGGUGGCGGUCAACGCGCAGCACUACGCCAUUCUGGUGACAGACGUCACCCAGUGGCCUUACCCAGAGCUGCAACGGGAGUACGAGGCGCACCGCCUGCCGACCAGGCUGGAGCGCUGGCUGCACUGGAUGGGCCGCGCCCCCGGCCUCGGCCGCCCGGCAGGCCUCUUCCUCGGCGCCCGCGGCAGCAGCGACGCCGACGCCGGCGACGCAGCACACGGCGGCGGCGCCGGCGGCGGCGCCGGGGCGCCCGCGCGCACCCCGCGGCGCUCGCUCGAGCCUUCCGCGGCCGCGGGGGAGCGCAAGCGGCCGGCGCGGCGGUCGCUUGUGCGCAGGCGGGACGAGAUGCAGCUGAUGGAUGAUCUGGAGGCUGCGGCUGAGACCAUAGAGCACGCCAAAGCCAAGCUGCAGCUGCUGGCUGUCGCCUCUGGCGACGAUGGCCACGCCGCCGAGCGCGCGAGCAAGACGCUCAAGCGCAUCGCCAAGGCGGAGCGGGAGGUCACGCGGCUCGCGGAGCAGCGGGAGCGCACUGUCGCGCUGUCGCGGGAGCACUCACACUUGCACCUAGCGCUGUCACGCGCCGCGUUUGCCUGCGGCGGCGGCGCGUCGGUGCCCCCGACGCCCGGCGGCCACCACGGCGGCAGCGCUGGCGGCGCAGGCGGCGGCAGCAACGGCGGCGGCGGCGGGCGCGGGAGCGCGGCGCCGAGCCGGAUCGCGUCGGUGCGGUCGAUGAGGAUGGGGGACGGGCUCGUCUGCAGGGCGGACAGCGCGGUCGCCGGCGCCGCGGUCGGCGCGGGCGCUCCAGCCACGCCGUGCGGCGACGCGCUGCGCGCGAGCAACGCGACGCCCACGCACCCCGCGGGCAGCGGCCGCUCGCUGUCGGCGCACCACGCGCCGCCGCCCGGCGGCCCCAGCUCGCGCGCCGCAAGCGAGACGCGCCAGCGGCGCCCCCCCCCCGGCCGCGGCAGCCCCAGCCCCAGCGCGGGCGCCGCCGUGGCCGCGGCGGCCGCGAGGCCGCCGGCGUCGCCGCUGGCCGGCGGGCGGAGGGAGCAGCGGCUGCGGCGGUCGCUGCAGGACCUUCGGGGCACGCGCAGCGAGACCUCGGCGGCGUCGAGCGCCGUGGACGAGCCCGCCGCCUUGAGCCCCAGCAUGCGGCCGCUCUGCGGCGCCCCGCUGGCGCCGGAGCCCUCCUUCGAGGCGGCGGCCCGCUUCAUGCGCCGCGGGACGGGCGGCGGCGGCAGCGGCGGCGGCUGGGGCCGGAGCGGCGGCGGCAGCUUCACGGGGGGCGGGAGCGCCGGGGGCGCGGGGGAGGCGGAGGCGGAGGUGUCGUUCGCCGGGAACCUGCGGCAGCCGCCGGGGCUGCACUCGCCGUCGCGGCUGACGCAGUCGCAGCCGUCGCCCUCCCAGCAGCAGCAGCAGCAGCAGAAGGCGGCGGCAGAGGCGGUGGCGGCCGCGGCGGCUGCAGCAGCGGCUGCCGUCGCGGAGCGCCCCGAGGACGCGCCCCCUCGGCCGCCCUCCCGCGCGCUGGGCAUCUCGCUCGCGCCCACGCCGCCCUCGCCCGCGGCCGCGGCGCCGCUCGCGCUCGACGCGUUCUGGCCGGCAGGCGCGCUGUCCAGCGGCGGCUCGUCGGAUGAGGAGGCGGAGCUGUCCACCGGCAGCCUGGUGGCCCUCGUGCCUCCCGCCAGCGCGCGCAGCGACGCGGCGUCCUGCGCGACGACGCGCCCGCCCAGCGCCCGCACGCCGCCCGAGCGGCGCGAGAGCUGCGGCAGCCUGCCGCCGAUCGAGCAGGCGACGUCGCCGGUCGUGCCGCCGUCGGGCGGCGCGCGGGGCGGGGCCGCAGGGGCGGUGCGUGGGAUCCUGCGGAGCGGCGGCAGCGGCGGUGGCGCCGGCGGCAGGCGGGGGGACGGGAGCGGGGCCGAGCGGCGGCGGGUCUCGCUCGAGGGCGGCGGCGCGCAGGGCGGCGCUGUCGGGCAGGCCGAGCUGGGGAAGAUCGCGGCCAAGGUGCAGCGCGUGGCAGCGGCGCUGAGGCCGCGGCGCGGCAUCCCAGCGGGCUUCAUAAGCGCCGGGGCCGGCGGCGGCGGCGGCGGCGGUAACGGGACCGGCGGCGGCCGCGGCAGCAGCUACAGCGGCGGCAGCGGCAGCGCGGCAGCGGCGAAGCGGUGGGGCGUCGUGCGGAGGGCGCUGGAGAGCGGGCGGCUGCUGCGGCUGCCGUACGAUGCCAACAACUACAGCAUCGUCACCAGCACGUUCAAGCGCCUGUUCCCUCGCGACUACGACUCGGCGAUUCCUGUGAUCAAGCACAAGGAGGUGGACAAGCUGCUGAUGCAGUGGGAGGCCGCCGUGGCCAGGCUCGAGCGCGCGGAGCUGACGCGGCAGCGCUCGGGGGAGCCGCCCACCAAGCGCACGGCCUGGUGGGGCGGGGCCAGGGUGGAGGUCAUCCCGCUGCUGCAGGUGCGCGCGGCGCCGCGGCGAGCUGCGCUGCGUCAUUCGCUGAUCUGA